CGUUCGUAAGGGUUCUAGAGAGCAAUGGAGGAAGCGUUAGAGGGAUGUUUCGACGCUGCGAUUGUUGGAGCUGGGAUCAUGGGGCUGUGCACCGCCUACGAGCUCGCCCGGAGAGGUAAGAGCGUGAUCAUACUGGAGCAAUUCGAUCUGCUGCACCGCAGGGGCUCGUCACACGGCGAGUCGCGCACGCUGCGCCUCACCUAUCCGGAGAGCUACUACACGCUCAUGGCCCGAUCGGCGUUGGAUCUCUGGAAAUCCGCUCAGCGGGAGGCCGGAUUUGAGGUCUACAAGCGCACAGGGCAGCUAGAUUUCGGUGCCGCCGACCAUCCAGGGCUCCAGCAGCUAAUCGCGGCGUGCCGGGAGCACGGGAUCCACCACCAGGUCUUCGGCCGCGAGGGAUUUCGCCAGAAGCAGCCCCGGAUCGCAGGGAUUCUCGAUCUUCCAGAGGGCUGCAUCGGAGUGUGGACGGAAGAAGCUGGGGUUUUGCGCGCCACCAAGGCGUGCGCGAUGUUCUUGGCGCUGGCUACCAGGCACGGGGCGAUCGUCCGCGACAAUGCCAGGGUCACGAAGAUCUCCCCCGGAUGGAAGGACUCGCGCGGGGAGAAAUCGGUGCUGGUCGCGACAGGCAAGGGAUCAGUGCUGGCAAAGAAGUGUAUCAUCGCGAGUGGUGCAUGGGUUCCAAGGAUCGUGGAGGAGAACUUUGGGCUGGUUCUUCCGGUCCAGCCUCUACACACGACGAUCGCCUACUGGGAAGUAAGUGAUCGAUCCAAGCACGCAGAGUUCCUGGCAGGGAAUGGCUUUCCAACCUUUGCCUUCUACAACGAGAAGUACUUCUAUGGAACUCCAUCGCUGGAGUUCCCGGGAUUGAUCAAGGCCUCCAUUCAUGGUGGAACUCCUUGCGAUGCCGACGAUCGCUGCUACAUCCCGGACGUGGAGGAGCUCAAGAGGAUCAUGUCGCCAUGGAUGGAGAGGGCCUUCGGGAAGAAUGUGAGGUGCGAUGCUCCAGCCAUGGCGGAGGCUUGCAUGUACUCGAUGACCCCGGAUCAGGACUUCAUCCUGGAUGUUCUUCCGGGAACCCAGGAGCAAGUGCUGGUGGCGGCGGGGUUCUCCGGGCAUGGAUUCAAGAUGGCUCCGUUGGUUGGAAAGGUGAUGGCGGAUCUGGCCGAGAGUGGGGCGUCGCCGGAAGUGCCUCUCGAGCUCUUCUCGCUGCAGCGUUUCCAGAGGAGCGCCUUUGGCAACGAGAAGAGCUUUGAUCCGGUGAAAGAGCUGUCGACUUUGAGCCUCUGAUCAAAGCUAUCCUACUUUGUAAACUUUGUAAACCUUCUAAUGUAUUAAUUUGUCCUCUUUUUUUUUUUUUUUUUCAGGUUCUUAUUUACAUAAGAACAAUAGAUGUUCCAAUCAACUAAAGACCGACAAUAAAGCGAAAGUUGGAGA